UGUGCGCACCGCUCCCAGGUCCCCUAGGGGGCGGAUGUCCAGAGGUUUCCCAGGGGGCACCUUUCUGUACGGUCCCACCUGAGAGGCACCACGACGUCCCUGCCAUUCUUGUUUCCAGGCGCCUGGAACGAGGAAGUGAUGAGUGAUAAAGCAGAGGAGUCUGCCAUUGGGCCUGAAAACCAAAUGAAACGUCAUGGAGAACCUAUGAGUCCUCCUCCAUCUAAGAGACAGCCGAGCAUGGCACUGUCAGUGGAACAGGAAGUUGAACAGGAAGGAGAGGGAGCAUCCCACUCUGGAGACUCAGCUAUGUCCUCGGAAGAUGAUGAGCCCGUGGUCAAAGCAAUGUCUGUGUUGGGAGAUGUGCCAGAUCAACUGCCAAUACCAGUGGAAAUUAGUGCUGAAAUGAAACAUCAAUUAAAGGAGGAAAUUCGACGAUUUGGACAAAAAUAUGAAAAGGUCUUCAAAUUGCUUGAAGGAAUGGAAGGAUCUGUAGAACUGCGGGACAAAUUUUGUUUUAUUGUCCGUCAAGGAAGCAGCAAGAUUGAUAUUAUCUAAGUCUCCCUCACUCUUCCAAGUUCAAGAAGACUUCUGUUCACACUGGAUUUUGAGGUAGGACGAGACCUCAAAAUACUCAUACUCUUUGUGUUUGCUGGGUUGUCCCUCACCAAAAUGGUCCAUUUUCUAUUCCCUUGUAGAUUGUGAACUUCCCUUUCUGUCCCCCACAGUGCCUUCUACAUUAUGGUUCUGUGGGUGUCUUUUGGUUAAUGACUUGACUCUCUAUUUUCAGAUUUAAAAGAUAAGACUUAAUAAGGCACCUGCAGAAGGUACCAGAAAAAUUAGAACUUGACCACCUUCUCAAGAAAGAUAAUUACACCCCAAACUUAUAAUUCUGUUUUCAAGUUAUCAAUGUGUAACAUGAACCAGUUGAAUGGCACUGGAUAUUGGUGAUGCCUUUCAGUACAUGUUAGUUAAGAAAAUUGUCUACUUGAGGUUAUGAAAAAGCUUUGGAACUUUAAUGUUAUAAAUUUCU